GUGCCUGCCGGCCAAUCCACGCAAAACGGUAUCGCGUCGCCUGACAUGCCUACAUGCAGCCUUGAAUCAUUGCCACAGCCAUGCAGCCCGAGAGGGAGAGGCACAGAGCGAGCAUGCUGCGCUAUAAUUAACCCCCAUGGCUCCAUACAUGCGUACUUGUGUACAUACAUACAUACAUACAUACAUACAUACAUACAUACGCACACAGUAUACGCACGCCCACACGUACACACAGUCGCCCGUCUUGAUACUGCAUCUCAGGUGCAUUGUACAUGCCCAUGGAUGCAUUGCCCGUGGCUGGUCUACACCACACACACAACGAGUAGCGGCACUAUCACCUACAUGCUUUUCCACUUCCAUAACCAUAUAUAUCAUUGCCAAUGGCAGUUACGCCCGUGA